AAGUGAAUCUUGCCUUUAUAUAAUGAAAUAUUGAGAAAACUUUUCCGAAAAAUCGAUGUAAUAGAAUUUCAAAAUGAUAACCAGCUUAACACAUGUAUCCAAAAAAUUUGAAGAGGGAUCUUUGAAACAACCCUUAACAGCAUUAUCUAGUGUUAGAGAAGUGAAAAACAGGAGUAACAAUGUUCGCAGAAAUUCAAAAACCACUUGUAAUAUUGAAGGUUCAAUGAAUAUGAAUGGUGAAACUUCUAUUUGUAACUCAAAAUAUAAUUCGAAUAAAAUAGGGACCAAAAAUUACGAAAAUGAUAAUAUCAUAAAUGAUGUGAGUACAGAAACGGGAAAUAAACAUAAUAACAAGAGUGAAAAUGAAGAAAAACCUAUUCGUUAUUAUAAAAAGUAUAAAGUAUGGCUCUGGGAGUUUGAAACUCCGAUUAUCUGGUAUAGUGUAUUCUUCAUAGUAUUGUGGCACAUUUUAGCUGUCUAUGUUGUACUAACAUAUCCACUAACUGAGAAGAUUUCCUUAGCACUCUAUGCUACAUGGAUUGGGGGAAUGUCAGGAUUCGGUGUAACAGCAGGAGCACAUCGAUAUUUCACACACAGAUCAUUCAAGGCAAAGCUCCCAUUGAAACUAAUUCUUCUCAUGUGUUAUAGUAUUGCAGGCCAAAAUAGUCUUUACGACUGGGUUCGUGACCACAGGGUGCAUCAUAAAUUCACUGAAACCAACGCAGACCCACACAAUGCGAACAGAGGAUUCUUUUUUUCACAUGUAGGUUGGUUGAUGAUGCGCAAACAUCCAGAUGUUAUAAAAAAGGGCAGAACGCUGGAUCUAAGUGAUCUGACAGAGGACCCGCUAGUCGUUUUUCAUGUCAAAUACUGGAUAAUUUUCAAGUUAUUCUUCUGCUUCCUUUUGCCGUCCUCAAUUCCUCCGCUAUUAUGGGGAGAAAGUUGGUAUUUUAGCUUUGCCACUAUUUGCAUUGUUAGGUAUAUCAUAUCUCUAAAUGCCACAUGGGCAGUUAAUAGUUUUGCUCAUUUCUAUGGCAACAGACCCUACGACAAGAGAAUUUACUCAGUAGAAAAUUCUGUCGUUUCCUUUUUCGCUAUGGGAGAGGGCUACCAUAACUACCAUCAUACGUUUCCUUGGGAUUAUAGAGCUGCUGAAUUGGGUCAGAUGUUGAAUGUAACUACACUUUGGUUGAACUUCUUCCAAAAAAUUGGCUGGGCAUAUGAUCUUAAAGCGCCACCCAGUGAACUUAUUAAGAAGGUGGCGAUAAAUCAUGGCGAUGGUACCCAUUAUAAAUGGGGUCAUGAAGUUCCUGAAACAGCAGAUCUGAUUGUGGAAGAAUUUCAGAAAAAACAAUAACAAGAUUUUGUCAGAUUCAAAUUCAAUUUUAUCACUGAAUAUGACUCAUUAUUAUGUAUUUUUUGUUGGCACAAUUAUUUCACUAUUUGUCGUGAAAACAUCAUAGAUAUUCACAUUUAAUUAAUAUAUUCCAUAAAUUUCAAUCAAUAAUUCCUAUGUAAUGAUUUGUUGAGUAGAAAAUUAUUUCUAGAAUUUUAGUAUAUUCAUUUUUAUUGGAUAUAUCUAAAGUUGACCAAUAAAUUAUCAAU